AUGGAGUAUUAUUUCUCCUCAGGAAUCCUGGAAUCGAUGCCGGACGAGACUCCAAUACCAGAUGAAAACUCGAUUGAGGACCUCAACGAUGACGACGUAUUCAAUGACGUCCCACUAUCCGACAAUAGUAUUGAUACGAUGCGUGAAGCCACGACCAGCGUGCAACCGGUUUCAUUCCGAUAUAAUCCACUUCACGACCUCGACAUUGAUGGGAAUCCUGUCUCGAGAAACAGCGAUGAAAAGAGGGAUCACGCACAGCAAUACAGUUACGCCAAAAAACUGUUCUAUACCCAGACGAAGAGGGUCAAGACCAUGUUCACCGGCGCGACAUUCGUAGGCCAGGUCCAACACCUACACAACUCUGUUCAACCUGCCGGAGAACAUCUGGAGAAUUUGCGCUCAAAUCUUGCAGCCCGCUACCGAAAGGCCGAAGAAACCCCAGCAGAUAUCGAUAAUAAAGUUGCGAAGGGUCUGUAUGACCAAUUCAUCCAGACCUUCAUCGCGAUCCUCAGGAAACUGCGACGCGACGUGAUGAUCGGCGAUCUCGAGUGUAAGCCGCCAUCCGAUGUGAGGACAAACAUAUCGAAGGCUCCAACUAUGCCAGGCGUUAGUGGGGGCCGAGUACGGCAGUCAGUAGCCACAACUUCUUUGGAAGUCGUCACCAGGCGCUCUAGAAGCAUACCCGCUAACUCUAACGCAAAGCCCAAGAUGGCAGGGUCGAGGACGUCAGUCGACACUCAACCGAAGAUUAUCAUUGCGACAGCUCCCAAAGCAAGUUCAACCUUGUCGAGGACAGGCAAAGGGAAGACCGCUGUCCGAGGUGACUCAGGGACCAUCGCGCAGAAGUCGUUGAAGAGUACGGCGGUAGACAUUUCAGCGAAGCAGAAGUCGAAUCCUCCGCGAGCCACCUCUACGAAGAUGGUAAAGGUCAGUAAGGUGAAUACUGUACAGCAACCAGUGGCUACUACUCAGGGAGGCCCUGUGACCAGGGCUAUGUCGCGGAAGGCCUCAGAAAAGGACACAAACCGGUAA